AUGAAAAAUGUAUUGCGUUGUAUCAGAAUAACUAUUAUAGCUUUAAUAGCGUUACAUGUGAUCAAUGGUUCUAGUACAAAUAAUAAUAAUAAUAUACUAUACAUAAGCACUGUAGCAUCUCCAAGCCACUUUCUUUGGACUGAGAAGCUCUCAAAAAAUCUUGCCAAAAAAGGAUAUAACGUUACGUUACUUAACAUCUUCAAAGAAGGAACGGAGCCUAAUUUAUAUUUUCUGAAGCUGGAUGAUGUUUAUAAUGAGCUGAAAAUAGAUGAUCCAAUUGAUUUUUUAACUCUGCAUAAAAUGUCUCCUUAUGAACUAAUAGCAUCGUUUGCCGAGCUUGAAUAUACGGUUUGCAAGCUUGCCCUUACAUCUGUGAAUCUUUCUCAUUUGAUCAGCUAUCCUAAAAAUUUUACAUUUGAUCUGAUCCUCCAUGAUCACCUAGCAGGCCCAUGUUUACUUUUUCUACUUGAGCGAUUUAACAACCCUCCUUUAGUAUUAGCCUCUGCAUCCAAUAUUAUACCCAGUUCAGAGUACCUGGUAAGCUCUCUUUUUUCUCCAGGACCCGUUCUUAGCCAUUUGUAUGAUAGUACCUUACCGAUGAGAUUUCUAGAAAAAAAUUACAACUAUUUUUUACGAGCGUACGAAUAUUUUUCGAAAAAAUAUUACUUCAAUACAAAAAUUGAUCAGCUAGUUGCAUGUCAUUUUCCCAAUAUAAAUUCAGUGUCUCUUCUGGAAUCGACAGCUGUGUUUGUGCUAGUGAAUUCCAUUGCUAUUUUAGAACCAUAUGAGCCACCUCGUAUUUGGCGCUUUGUAAACGUUGGAGGGUUGCAUAUAAAUUUGCCAAAGCCAUUUGACAAAAAUCAGUUUCAAAUUACUCACCAAUCAUCCAAGAAAUAUGAAAAAUAUGUUUACAUAUCAUUUGGAAGUAAUGUACAAAUUUUAAGCUUUGAUAAUAUAAUUUCGCAGAGCAUUAUUGAAGUGGCACGGUCAAUGCCACACGUGAAAUUUUUAUGGAAAAUUGAUUUCUCUGCUCAGCCGGUUAAUAACGAUCUACCAGAAAAUAUCGUCACAGCAAAUUGGUUUCCACAAAAUGACCUUUUGGGCAGUGGCACUGUAGAUGUGUUUGUCACGCAUGGUGGGCUCCUAAGCGUUCAAGAAGCUGUUUGGUACGGUAUUCCAAUGCUGGGUAUUCCCAAUUAUGGAGAUCAAUACCAAAAUGUACAACGCAUUGUAUGGAUGGGAUUAGGCACGAAACUUUUGCUCGAAGAAAUUACAUCAAACAAAUUAAGCGAGCAUUUAUUAGAGCUGAUAAAUAAUGAAAGAUACAAACAUCGCUUAAACCUGAUGUCAAGAUUUAUUCGAGAUGAACAAAUAACACCACAAGCAAGAGCGAUUUGGAUUUUGGAAUGGGUAAUAAGAAACCAUCCUCAACGCAUAAAAUUAUUGGAUAAUCCCAACAAAGUCGAAAUUACUUCAAUGCAUGU